GAUCAUGACAAGGCAGCCGCUUCUGCCCAGGAAACAGGAACUUGGGGAAGGUGGCUCCUUGAUGGUCUGUGAUGCCGUCAGAGGAAAUGGGUGGUUGUGAGAACCACAGAGUCUGCAGAUGUGAGCCAGGAGCCCCGAGGACUCUGUCACAGGCUCAGAGAGCUCUGGGCCUUCUUCUCUGGCCCACCUGCGCUUGGGAGGCUCACCCAGUCCAGGCUCCUGUCCAUCCCAGGUAACCACAGGCAGAAACCAAGCCACCAAAAGCCAUAUCGAGGGCCUCUCCCUGAAGAUUCUCCCAGGCCAAGAGUGUUCUGGAUGUCCUAGGACUAAGGAUGUUGACAGGCUUCCAGAAGGGCCCCCCAAAGCCCUAACCUCUCCAGCCAAAGCAUGUGUCUUGGCCAAACCCCUAUUCCAAGCCUCUGGUGACAGGAAAACACCUCUCUUUCAGAAUUCUCUCCACGAUGUGUUUCUGAGAGUUCUUCUGAGAGGCGAUGGGAAGUCAGCCCAGCAGAGAGAAAAGCCUGCCAAGCCCAAGCUCAAGUCCCUCUGUCCAAGACCAGGGCCCUGUACCCAUGCAACCAGAAAGGAGAAAGGCCACAGCCGUGGCCCUGGGCAGUUUCCCGGUGGGAGAGCAGGCAGAGCUGUCACUGAGACUGGGGGAGCCACUGACCAUCAUCUCUGAAGACGGAGACUGGUGGACGGUGCUGUCAGAGGGCUCAGGCAGAGAGUACAGCGUUCCUAGCAUCCAUGUGGCCAAAAUCUCCCAUGGGUGGCUGUAUGAGGGCCUGAGCAGGGAGAAAGCUGAGGAAUUGCUGUUGCUGCCUGGAAACCCUGGAGGGGCCUUCCUCAUUCGGGAGAGCCAGACCAGGAGAGGCUGUUACUCCUUGUCAGUCCGCCUCAGCCGCCCUGCAUCCUGGGACCGGAUCAGACACUACAGGAUCCAACGCCUUGACAAUGGCUGGCUGUACAUCUCGCCGCGCUUCACUUUCCCUUCACUCCAGGCCCUAGUGGACCAUUACUCUGAGCUGGCGGAUGACAUCUGCUGCCUCCUCAAGAAGCCCUGUGCCCUGCGGAGAGCUGGCCCAGUCCCUGGCAAGGACAUACCUUUACCUGUGACUGUGCAGAGGGCACCCCUCAAUUGGAAAGAGCUGGACAGCUCCCUCCUGUUCUCUGAAGCACCUGCCACAGGGGAGGCAUCUCUCAUCAGCGAGGGACUCCGGGAGGCCCUCAGCUCCUACAUCAGCCUGACUGAUGACAUCUCCUUGGACGAUGCCAAAGCCCAGAGGACAAAAGGGGAACCAAGGUUGUAGCACCUAGAAUCCCAAGGCAGCUCAGCCUAACUGUGCACUCCACAGGCAAGACUGAACUGAGUGAGGAGAGAACAGGGAUAGAGAGGCACAUUCAAGGUCCCACCUCUAUCUUGUUCCUUCCUCUCAGCCCUAAGAAGUCACAUACCUCCUCCCAGUGCCAUGGCCCUGCCUGCAACCUCUAGUUCAAGGACAGACCAGUUGAGGGCAGGGCCAGGGCUCCAAAGAGCCUAAACUUCCUCUGGGGUCUGAUGUAGUCAGUGCACAAGUUUGGGAAUUCCAGCACAUCUUCCUCCCCUGUUAGUUAAGUCCCAUUCAAACCCCUCCCCCACCUGCUAACCAGUCCCCAGCCCCACCCACAAGGUAGAAACAACCACUAGCAUCAAGAAAAAACAACAUUUGAAGAAAAUUUAUAAGGGGCAGGAAAGCAGAGGGAAUAGAUGGCUCACCAGAGCAGCAGAACCUGGGCUGUCCAGCCUCCCCCUAACCCUAGAGCAGAGAGGACGUCUGACAGUCCAGGUCCUCAACUGUCCCCACAAGCCCCUUCUCUGGACAGUUGUAGCUCUCAGAUUUCUAUUUCAUUUUGCAACUUAUUAUUGGGACCUGGCUAAGCCUUACUGGCCUUGCCAUCUAGUGGCCCAAUGCAAAAUGACACCUGAGACUAGCACACUGUGAUGAGAUGUUAUGUGUGGCUCUCAGUGCUGGGCAGGGACACUAGGGUAUCAGAAAGUGGUAAGCCCUCUCUCCACAAAGCUAAGACCUCAGCCUUAACCCAUAAAGGGGAAGAAGCCUGGCUUGGGCUGCUAACGGAGCAGGGAGAGGAAGA